AGCCCCAAACACCCCGAGCACCCACCACACCCACACCCACACCCACUCCCUCCUCCAGCCCCACCGCCCCCGCCAUGGCCGCAUCCACCCUGUCCGUCUGCUCCAGCGACCUGAGCUAUGGCAGCCGCGUCUGCCUGCCCGGGGCCUCGGACUCCUGCCCUGACUCCUCCUGGCAGGUGGACGACUGCCCAGAGAGCUGCUGCGAGCCCCCGUGCUGCGCCCCGGCCCCCUGCCUGACCCUCCUAUGCGGCCCCUCCUCCCCCUGCCAGGGAGACUGCUGCACCCCUGCGUGCUGCAAGCCCCCCGUCUGCUGCACCCCUGUCUGCUGCAAGCCCGUCUGCUGCACCCCUGUCUGCUGUGAGGACUCCCCCUGCACAACCUCUUCAUGCUGCCAGCCGUCCUGCUGCACCUCCUCCCCCUGCCAGGAAGACUGCUGCACCCCUGCAUGCUGCAAGCCCGUGUGCUGCACCCCUGUGUGCUGCAAGCCCGUGUGCUGCACCCCUGUCUGCUGCAAGCCCGUGUGCUGCACCCCUGUGUGCUGCAAACCCGUGUGCUGCACCCCUGUCUGCUGCGAGGACUCCCCCUGCUCAGCCCCCUCCUGCUGCCAGCCCAGCCCCUGCUGCAGACCCUCCUCCUGCGUGUCCCUGCUCUGCCGCCCCGUGUGCAGGCCCGCCUGCUGCACCCCUGUCUGCUGCCAGGACUCCCCCUGCACAACCUCUUCAUGCUGCCAGCCGUCCUGCUGCACCUCCUCCCCCUGCCAGGGAGACUGCUGCACCCCUGCGUGCUGCAAGCCCGUGUGCUGCACCCCUGUGUGCUGCAAGCCCGUGUGCUGCACCCCUGUGUGCUGCAAGCCUGUCUGCUGCACCCCUGUCUGCUGCAAACCCGUCUGCUGCGCCCCUGUCUGCUGCACCCCUGUGUGCUGCGAGGACUCCCCCUGCUCAGCCCCCUCUUGCUGCCAGCCCAGCCCCUGCUGCAGACCCUCCUCCUGCGUGUCUCUGCUCUGCCGCCCCGUGUGCCCCCGCCCCGCCUGCUGCGCCCCUGCCUCCUCCUGCUGCCGCCCAGCCUCCAGCGUGUCCCUGCUCUGCCGCCCCGUGUGCCCCCGCCCUGCCUGCUGAGGCCACCAUUCUGAUGGGCACGUCCCCCCAGGGCCAGCUGAGCACUCUGGGGACCCCCGGCUCUUCCCUGCCUCCUUCACGAUCUAACCCAGCGCAAUCUUGGGCACACAGGUCAGCGUGAAUGUUCACCAUCUUCGGACCCUAAUAACCAGGGCCGAGCCGGUUCGCAGCCUCACAUCACGACCAGAUGAACCAGAGCCAGCCCUCCCGUUACUGAAAGGCCCCCAGGCUGUUUCUGGCAGCCACGGCCCCCAGCUCUGUAGUCUUACUGGGGCUCCUGGCCCUGGAAGCUGUCUGCCUCCUCCCAAGCACACACCUGGAGCUAAGCGAAUAAACCUGCAGUCCUGGCCUCCACUGACCCUCUCUCCCAGCCUCCGGGCUAACGGAACCCUGGCUUUAGCAAUCCUGCUCACGAGCCACAUCUUGGGAGCACUUCCAAUGGCAGUGAGUUCUGAGGCCCACCCUGGUGGUCACCAACAGCACCUCCAGGAGGCUCCGGGUGGCUGGACGGAAUGUUCGGGCCUCAGGUGGCACAGCCACCCGGACAGCGGGCCCCUUGGCAAGAAGGCCCCAUUGCCCCAGGCCUCGCUCUCCCCGGUCAGUCCAGCACCAGGAUGCAGGGCCCAAGGUGGUUUCUGGGCCGGGAGGCAGGCGGGGCCGGGCCUUCCAGGGAGACAGC